AUGCAUAACUGUGUGGGACUUUUGACACUAGACUUGGGGAAGCAAGCAUUGGGUCAAAGUGCAUGCUACUUAUCAGCAGCAACUGCCUCGAGUCUUGUGCUGCUUACCCAACUUUGCCUGUCCCUUCUUGCCUUUGUGGACCAUACCAGAGACAGACGGUAUCCACUUGGUGGUGCCCCAUUGGCAGAUGGAGGCUGCAAUACUUCUGAAUACCAGUUGCUGGAAAUCACUGGGCAAGGGAUGCGGGAGCGCUCCUGUGCGCAAGUACUGUUUGCAGGUUUCCUACAAGCAUAUUGUUGGCUGCUGUGA